GUAAACCGAGCUGGUCGGUAGUUCGGUGCAAUGAUCAGAGUACGCAGUUGGGUUUAAUCCCCACACACAAAAACAAACAAACUACAAAUGGGUUCUGUCGCCUAGUGUUUCCCCUCAACCAUCAACAACCUUAAUCUGCUCUUCUGAUUUCCAUCUUACGAUCUGAAAAUCGUCCGAUUCAGAAUAUUGACGUGUUCAUUCGUAGUAUGAAUACCAUCCACCAAAGAAGAUCAAGGCAGAUUUCCUCAUUCAACACUAGGUUGUUGUGACAGAGAGGGUUUCCAUCUUUCUAACGCUUAUCACAAACUGGUCCUCGAAAAUGGCAGCAAUUCCAUCCGGUGGCUCUCUUGUUGCUACCCAUGACUACUACCGAAGACGCAUAGGAUCUACUUCCAGCAACGGUUCCUGUAGCAGUUCGGAGUAUGUUGGGGAAGCUAUUCCACACCACCCAGGUCUACCCAGACAAGAUUCUGGUCACUGGUGGGCCAGUUUCUUCUUUGGGAAACCGAGUACACCAAAUGGACAUGACGCUCAGUCCAAGGCUGGAACUUAUACUGUAACCAAUGGCCAGGUGACUUGCAUUGCCAAGGAAAUGAUUCAGAAGAGAAAGCUGAGUGAAAGCAGUGAUCAUGGAAAUCCUGAGCCCAACACUCCCCCUGCAUCAUAAAUGCACAAUCAAUGCAGCCACCGAUUUAAAAUCCGCUUUCUUACACCACACCAGAUCCAUCGGUGGAUGCACUGUCUUCCUUUUUCUCCUUGUUAGUGGAAAUAAACUGCUUUUUAUGUUGCUCAGGCUUUUUUUUUUUUUUUAAAUGAUGACCAAAAAAUGUUUCAAAAUGUUUAAAAAAUAAAAUAAUACCUUUGACCACUUAA